CUGGUAAGUUUGAAUUCCAGCUGUGUGGCAACUCGAGGACGGAUGUCUGUUUGUGAUUUGUUAAGAUGAUCAGCCUAGCUCUUCAGAGGUGAAAAUGAAUGGUGGAAAUCUAUUGCUAUGUCAAGUUCCAGAGAAGAGCCUCUUCUGUGCCAGCUUAGUAAUCAGGCUACAGCACACAGAGUGAAAGGAAGGGGCCAGGAGGACGGAGUGGCAGCUGCUGACGGCCCACGAGGACCCAGCACAGACAAGCAGGAGUCACCAGAGACAGCCUCACCAUGUCCACAGCUCUUUCACCUGUGUGGAGGGCAAGUGCUGAGUGAAGGGCAGGAGGAGAGAAAGCAGAAAUGCUCUGCAUUCGGAGAACUUCUGACCUGGGGCUGCUACGGAUUUUGACCGUCUCCUUAGUGGCUGGGGGCAGACAGUAACAAGAGGAAGAGACGAAACACAAGAGAGGACUAGGACUGUUCGAUAGGUUCAUGACCUUUGCAAAAGAUGAAAAAGAGAUGAAAAGCAGUUGCAAGGAAGCAGGGUAUAUACCCACAAAACUUAAAAGCAGAGACUCAGAGACUCGUACAUCCGUGUUCACUGCAGCACUAUUCACAAUAGCCACAAGAAUGCAUAAUUUUAGGAGCGGGGGAUCCUGUUUCACCAAGCAACUCAGUAAUGCAGCGAAAGGACAACAGUACUUUGGAUUCAACAGUUAGUUCCCCUGCGUAUGGAAAGCAGCCGAUGAACAGCAACUCGACACCUCCCUCGGAAGCUGGUUCUGCUCAAGUUAAAGGGAUGAAAUCGCUGAAACCUCUGUUAGCAGUGAACACGCGACGGUCUGUACUGGUGGGUACAAAGGCCGUGCUCGCCUGCCCUCCUGUCCCACUGGAAACUCUGAUUGGAGUAACAUGGAAAAUUAUCUUCAGAGACAACACUUCCUGCACCAAAGCCUACAGGGAAGAUAAAAACGCGACCGUGGAAACCAACUGUACUGACAAGAGAAUAACCUGGGCCUCCAGAGCUAACCAGAAUUUUUCCCUUCACAUUGAUCCAGUGGCCAUCACUCAUGAUGGGAAUUACACGUGUGAAAUGGCAACAUCGAAUGGGAAUUUCCAUCAUGGCUACCACCUCCAAGUGUUAGUGCCCCCCAAGACUACCAUGCAUUUAACUGAGAAUGGAACUGUGGUGUGCAAGGCAGUUGCGGGGAAGCCAGCUGCACAGAUCUCCUGGACCCCAGAGGGGGACUGCGUCACUGAGGAAAAAAAUCAGAGAAAUGGUACAGUGUCUGUCCAGAGCACGUGCCGCUGGGAGGAGGGCAACGUGUCUACUGUAACCUGCUCUGUCUCCCACUUGACUGGAAACAGCAACCAGUCCCUAGACCUACAUUCAUAUUUCAGAACAUCAGCAAGGCCAACAAUUCUGUACACCACCCUUGCAAUUCUUAUUAUCUUGAUCAUCGUGUUAUCUAUUUAUUUUUUGAAAACCACUGGCUGCAGAAAAUGUAAACCAACAAAAACAGAAACUAUUCAAGUUUUUGAAGAGGAUGAAGCGCAGCCCUAUGCCAGCUACACAGAGAAGAGCAAUCCACUCUACGAUACUGUAAACAAGGGGGAAACAGAUUUAUGUCAACUCAAACGAAGAAUAAAUCUCAUUGGAACACAAGCCAUAGUGGGGAUAAGAAGACGUCAGUCCCUGCUCAGUGUUCUGCAGAUCCUUCUUGCUGACAUUCCUGUUUGUGAGCACGAGCGAAAGAGUGGAUUGAUAGACCCUCAUCCCGAUCUGCUUGGAUUCACAUUGACCUCGGAUUUCUUCAAAAAUUUGGAAUAGCAGAAACUGCCAUCUAUUUGAUGCCUUUGCUCUCGUUUAUCUUCAGGUUACCUCUGUGUGGCUUAGCAUAUCACGUCAUGAAUAACAACUAUUGAUCAUUUUGGAAGUAUAUUCUGUUUAGUUAACUUGUUUUAGCAUCAACCAAUUCUGAUAGAUUUUACCUAAACUUUUUUUUUUUCUUCUUCUUCUUAUUUAAAAGGAUAGAAUGAAAACUUGGCAGGUAACCGUUUGUGUGAAAACUUUUGUGUCUUAUAUGCAUAUAUUUUUGAGAUCUGCCAAGAGUACAGCAGAGGCCUCUGUUGGGGGAAAACAACAUAAAAUCAGAAGAUACAGGUUUCCCUUAGAAAAAAAGUUCCCUAAAAGUUUCCUUUAAAAAUAGCUUUUAUUAGCAAUUACUUUGCUAACUAUAAUUGGUAAAUGCAAAUUAUUUUUCUAAUGAUACUAAGGUUUUUUUUUUUUAAUUUUUGCAUUUACAUUCUCUUAAGAGUACACGAUGGUGUUUUCCAGAUUGGUAUUAUUAAUAUCCGUAUUGAUAUUAUUGCUCUGAUGGCUAAUGGAGUAUACACUUGUGUAUUUUUGUGCUUUUUAGAUUUUUCUAAGGCAAUUUCUUAGGGAUCCUUUUUAAGAGUGUAAGGGGUUCUGAGACUAAAAAGUCAGAGACUUAUUGUUUUAACUGAUAAGAGGUAUAUGUUAGGAUCACUUACACUUGAAUUAGUUUCAAGUCUGGGAAACAAUGCUUUAAAUUUUUAUAAAAUUAUAAAAUAUUGUCGAAUGUAAAAAAAAGAUGAACGAAAAUUCAUAAAUUGUAUUAUUUGGUUUAUCUGAAUUGGCUGGUAAGUUCCUGCUUGUAGGUCUCAGUUUUUAGAGUUUUAAAAAAGUUGGUGUAGUGUCUGGUGGUUAAGUUGGUUUUGUCCCUUGCCUGCAGAGCUUGCUGUCGCUUUCUGUUUUUGUCUUGUGUCUUAGUCAUCUAGCACUGCUAUAACAGAAAUACCACAAUUGGAUGGCUUUAACAAAGAGAAAUUUAUUUUCGGAUAGUCUAGUAGGUUACAAGUCCGAAUUCAGGGCAUCAGCUCCAGAGGAAGGCUUUUUCUCUCUGUCGGCUCUGGAGGAAGGUCCUUGUCCUCAAUCUUCCUCUGGUCAAGGAGCUUCUCAGGCGCAGGGACCCUGUGUCCAAAGGACACACUCUGCUCCUGGUGCUGCUUUCUCGGUGGUAUGAGGUCCACAACUCUCCGCUUGCAGGCCACACCCCAGCGAAACUCCCUUUACCUUGGACCAGGGAGGUGACCUGAGUAAAGAUGGUGUUACAAUCCCACCCUCGUCCUCUCAACAUAACAUUACAAUCCCAAAAUAGAGGGCAACCACACAAUACUGGGAAUCAUGCAUGGCCUAACCAAGUUGAUACGCACAUUUUCAGGGGGACAUAAUUCAACCCAUGACAUCUAGUGAUGUAAAUAAAGUGAUUUCUGGUUGUUUUUUUUAAAAAAAAUUUGCACAAGCAGGACUUUUGGCUUUUGCUGAUUAUUAACUUACACACCCUCCAACCUUAGCAACCUGCUUCCUGAAUAAAUACCAUGAAACUUGGAUUAACCUGCUUUAAUUCUGGGUCGUGUUUGAUGUAGCAUAAAUAAACAUUUGAGUUAUUCCACUCAUCCCCUUUAGUGUUCUUGUUCUCUCAGAUCUCUAUGUUUACUGUAUAUUCUUCUGUGGUUUUUCAAGUCUCCUGCUGGUUUUCAAGAUGCUUUUCUGAGCCAAUUUGGCAGAAUAUAUCAUAAAUCCAUAUUAACAUUUCUUGUGGGGAUGUUUAUCAGUGGCCCCUUAGGGAUAUAUCUUUCUCUUUAGUUUUUUAAAAUUUAUAAUGACAUUUUAUUUUUGGUGAAAAUUAACCAUGCUUAUUAUAAGGAAUUUAAUAAAGAAAAACACAAAGUCAAAAGUAAAAAAAAAAAAAAUUUUAAAUUUCAUCACCCAGAAACAACCUCUGUUAAAGUAUUGUUGUUGUUGUGUGCUGUUGAGUUGAUUCUGACUCAUAGUGACCCUAUAAGAUAGAGUAGAACCGUCUCAUAAGAUUUGCUAGACUGUAAUCCUUGCCAGAGCAGAUAAAAAAAUUUUUUUUUUUUUUUUUAUAGCCAGGUCUUUUCUCCUACUGAGCUGCUGGUGGGCUUGAACUUCUGACAUUUUGGUUAGCAGCUGAGUGCUUAACCAUUGUACCACCAGGGCGCCUUCUGUUUAAGUGAAUACUUUCCUACGAAUUUAUCUAAGAGGAAAGAAGUUAGAAAUUCUUUUACAAAAAAUACUUUCAUGUAAACAUUUUAUUUUAAAUAAGAAAUAUUACUUUUUUACUUGAUUUUAAGAUAAGAGAAAUUGAAGUAACAAUUGAAUGAAAAAUGUAUUUACCAGAGGAGACAGUAAUUUCUAAACGAAUUCUCUAAGUUUAAGAAAAAAGAUUGUGAAAAUCAUUAAGAGAAUGAUGUAACAGUAUGGUUUUAAAGCUAUAUUUUAACUGUAAAAUACUUCCAUUGAUCCCUUACCAUGAAAGAUCAAGAAAUCUUAACAACUUUACCCUUUUUCAAGCCACACAUUCCUCAUCUUCCCAUUUGUUAGUAUAUAUUAUUUUUACAUUUUGAAGGUUUGAAACAUUUGCAGUCUGUUUUUUAAGCAUAGCUCUCUUUUGUAGUUAGUCUUUUUUUAUUUAAAUGGAUUUAUUGUUCAUUAGUAAUCACGGUUUCUUAUUUUGGUUUAUCUCUUGGCUCUUGGGACUUCACACUCUAGCACUUAGUUUAUUUGUUUUACAACUAGAGAAGUGUGGGGAAAAAGAGGUAGAGAUGAAAGAAGAAGAGUUUGUAUUUGUUGUUAAAUUCUCUUCCGUCUUCUUUGAUACAAAUCUGCAGGUAAGAUGAAAUAAGGCCCAUCAUAGCUCAAUUUAGUCCAGAACAUACUUAUCUUUCUUUGCGAUGGCAGUCGUCUUAUGUGCGGUGGGAUCUGUUACCUGAAAACAUAGUCAUGGAGUUAUUAGCAGGGCUGGUUUCCAUACUGAGAGAAAAAAAGACACACACAUAGACCCUCAGGAGCAAAGAAAAACAAAUUGUAUUUAUUAUCAAAACUUUGUGGAGACCACUGAUUAAAUGAUAUAUUGGUAAAACCUUAGAGCACAUAUAGAAGCCAUUGCAUUCAAAAUAACCAGCCAUCUUGCUGUGGUUAAGAUAGGAAAUAAGAAGAAAAUUGCUUCUUCUCGGUCAUGAUGCUUAUGUCAACCACAAUUGACCACACCGUGAAAACCUAAUAGCUGGUUUGUGUAAAUAUGCUCUAUUUGCGUUUGUACAAUUAAUGCUAUUAGAUAAAUAUCUGUUUUAGUUUUUGAGAUAACAAUCAACCUAAACAGGAAAUUCAUGUGACAACCUUUUUAGUGUUAAAUAUGUACCUUAGAAAGGCAGGCAGAGCAGAAGGGGAAGAAGUUCUGCACAGAACAGUGGGGAGUUUUGUUGCAUCCUCUACGGAGGAUAAUGGAGCUAUGGAGGGUGAUGGAGCUAUGGAGGGUGAUGGAGCACUCAGAGCUUUAGAGAUGUCCGGGUGUAAACAGGUGAAGUUGUGGUUGGUGAAAAGCUGUAAAAUACCCAAAAAUAGCUUUGAAGGAGAAUGGGGUUUGAGAAUAGGUUACUUUCAAUGCAAAUUAAAGAGCCUAGCUUCUGAGGAGAACAAGUUCAAAGGUUCAGAAAGUGCAGAGUGGUUAGAGACUGUGGCAUAUAAAGCGUCAAAGGUCAAUUUAAAAGUGCACAUAUUGAGUAAUAUAAUCAAAAGCGGUAUAGCAGGUAACUCCAAAGCUGUAUCCCUCCCCAAAGCAAUGAUUAGGCAAAAACGUGAGAAUCAGCUUUUUUUGAAUUUCAAAAAAAAAAAAAAAAUUUUUUUUUUUCAUCAGAAACUUACAA